CGCCUACUCCAAGAGGACGUAAAGAACAAGAAUCGAAUGUAUGCGCGCGAAAGUUGACAUGGCAUGAAUUGUGCAGAAGGUGUUAUGUUUUGUGUUAGAUGAAAGCGGAAGAGUGUCAAUUUAAGCCGUAAUUAUUUUCAGGAUUCUAUUAUGAGGCAUAAAUUUGUUAUUGGAGCUCUUUUUAUCAAUUUUUUGAAACGCAAAUACAUUAUACAUUCAAUGGUACUUUUACAACGUAAUCAGAAUGAAAUAUUCAUCAGUAUCAAAAGUUGAGGUUACUCCAACUUUUGGUAGAAAUGGCUGGAAUAAAUAGAGAAGUUGAAGUGACUCUAACUUCUUUGCGAAAUCGUGGUUGUCAUGUCAGUCAAGAUUGGCUCUCUGAUUGUAUUAAUUUCUUUCGCUCUGAAAAUAAUCAGUAUUCAUUGAAAGAUUUGGAAGCCUUUGUGUAUGAUCAAUGGCUCCUGGCUGAUUUGCGGGAUUUUGGAAUUGCUUCACUUCCACCAAAUUUACAAGGCAUCGUGAAAACCACUUUGCAGGGGAAAAUGGCUUGUCAGGUCGAGUUAGUUACUGACAUCGGUCAUUCAGCAUACAGUCAAAUGCAGAAAGUUCGAAAGGAAGAUGUAGGAAAUUUACAGGUUGAUGAAGUUGGCAGAGAAUUCCAGCAAGCUUGGGAGCCUAAAUCUAAUCGCAUGUUACAAUUAACUCUUUGUGAUGGCAUACAAACCAUCAAAGCAAUCGAAUAUAAACCUAUUUUGAAGCUGAAACCUGAUAUAAUUCCUGGCACCAAGCUAUUAUUAAUUGGUCCUAUUUUGUGUCGGAGAGGAAUUCUUAUGCUUGAAGAAACACAUCUCACAAUUCUUGGAGGUGAAGUUGAAUUCUUGGUUAUUACUAAUGCAUAUGAAAAUGUUCUUGCCAGAAAGUUACAACUACCAGAAAACCCAGACCCUUACAAUUUAACUGCAGUAAACAAUGAAUUGCCAGUUAUUCCGCAAGUAAAUCCUCAGCCUCCAGUGCAGGCAGAAAUCCAGCAAGCUACAAGAAGACCUCCUUCUCCUCAACGACAAUGUAACAACAUUAAUCAAGGAAGACAAGCUAACCAGACUACCAAUCCUGCAGGUCAGGGAGAGCGUACCAAAAGGCUUGUCCAACCAACGUUGGCAUGGUCCAAUCCAACACAAACUGCUAAUUUAGUCCACACCAAUUCACAACAGAAUCAACCGAUAGAAUUCUGUGGUAGUGAUGAAGAUUUUUUAAAUAUUCCCCUAAAUGGUGCUGAUUGGGAAACGGAAAUGGAGUUUGAAACCAGGCCUUCAACAUCUAGCUCACAUAAUUCUACAAAUGUUCCCAAAAAAUCUGAUACUUUAAAUAAUGAAUUUGAUACAGAAUUUGAAAUGGGUUCAGAUGAAGAAGCCAUGUUGUUGCAAGCUGAGGCUAACUUAACUGUGAACUCCACGGCCACUGCACCAACCUCAAGGAUACAAAACUCUUCAAUAGAUAAACCAUUAUCCAAGGUGGAUCGUUUAACAGAGGAGAUUUCUACAUUCAAGAGACCAGCAUCAAGUGCUCUCUCAGAAGAUUCUCUUAGAAAACCUCUCUUCACAAAACGAAGGAAAGAGUCUUCUUCAUCAUCACAGGAAGUUUCAUCAACAACUGAUCUCAACUAUCUCAUAGACGACGAUUUGCUUGAUUUGGGAGAUGAUACUGAGACAAACAGUGCUGACAAUCAUUCAGGUCCUGUUGCAGUACCUCCUCGCCCAUUUGUUUAUAUAUCUCGAAUUCUCCAAGAGAAUAAAAGCUGCUCCAGGACCUACUGUGUGAAAGCAGCUGUGUUAAGUGUUAUCAACAAGCUUUCUAUAGAGGAUGGAGAAUGGAAACUAUCCGCAAAGAUAACUGAUGGUUCUGCAAAUUUAGAUGUCAAGUUUGCACCAAAGGUGUUAGAAGAACUAAUUGGAAUGAGUGCUAAGGCAAUGACUGAGAUGAAAAAGCAAAUGGCAGCACAACCGGAAAAAAAGGAAUUUGUCAGAAAUAAACUGAUGAAAGCUCAGGAACGCUUAGUAAAUCUCAAUUGUCUGUUGGAUGUGGAUAUGGGUCAGAAUCAAGAUAUUCCAAUUGUUGUGGGACUAAAUGACAUUUCAGCUGAUACAUUUACAGCCCUUAAAGCUAGGCAGAUUGAUGCCUGAAAAAUAUUUUAACACAUUGUGAUACAUACCUAGUUAUUAUUUCUUUUUUAUGAAAUUAUUUUUUUUUAUUAUGAAUUUAACUCUCCUUGGAGGUUUGAACAAAAAAGUAAUUAAAGCAGGUUCUGAAUUUGA